AUGGAUGGUCUCCUGUUCCUGGCCGAGAAGAUCCAGGGCCCCUUUUCCUUUGAGCUAGCAGCACAGUCCAUCGGGGUGAAGAUCGCGGAGGGUUUGAUGCAUCUGCAGGAAAACAGCGUGGGGCUGUCAGCCCAGGUGUUCCAGGAAUGCGGGAGCCCCCAACCGGCGCCGGCCCGCGCCCGCCGUGCCCCAGCCCCCCGGGAGGAGGUGGGCCGGCUCUGGUCGGCGGCGGCGGCGGAGGAGGAGCGGCCCACGACGGCUGCGGGCGCCAGCCUGCCCCGGCUGGUGUGGGAGCUCCGCGAGCGGCUGGGCCGGGUGAGGGGCUUCUGGGCCGGGCUGCCCCUGACAGUGUGCGGGGACCCCCGCGUGGCUGCGGACCUCUCCCAGGAGGCGGCGCCCUGCUGGACCGGAGCUGGGCGGGGCCGGUACUUGUCGCCCGUGGUCGGGGGUCCCCAGGCCGGGCAGAUCGACAACCCAGAGCUGGAUGCGGAAGCCUCGAGCCCCGACCUCCAGACGCGGAGGCGGCGGUUGCAGCUCCGGGCGGCCACGACCAGGAUGAAGGCGGCCGCCCUGGGACGCGACCUGGAGCUGGAGGACUGGGAGGACGCUAGCGGCUCUGGACAGGGACAGCACUAUGCGGAUGACUGGAUGGCUGGGGCAGCAGCUGUGGCCCCCCCGGCCCGGCCUCCUCGCCCUCCUCGAAGGGAUGGUGCUGGGGGCAAAGGAGGAGGUGUCAUUAUCCGCCACAGCCAAGACAGGAGCAGGACUGGAGGGACGUCUGUCAGUUUUCACACCCAACCCCUCCUCAUUCUCUUCCUCUCAGCCCUGGCCCUGCUUGGACCUCGAUAACUGGGGAGGGGUGCCCUGGCGUCAGAAGGGUUCGUGGCCCGUCCCCUCCUCCCCCCCUCUGCUGGGUCUGGGGAGGAGUCGAAGGGGGCUGCAGAGAGGGCAGAGAAGGGACUUUCUGGGUGAAUGGCUGGGGCCCCAAAUCCAGGAGAUUUCCAUUGGUGGGUUGGGUUGGGCGUGGGUGUUCACAGUAUUUAUUUUUUCAUUUGGUAUCUGGGGAGGAGGGGCUGGGGGUAUUUAUUUAGGAAGGUGUGGUCUCUCUAACCCGGGGGGGGGCGCCUCUGGGCUGGUGGUGAGCCCCAACAGAAAAAGGGAGGAGUUUUAGAGUUGCGGGGGCGGGGGGGUUGAAGGAAGUUGAAGGUA